CUGUGUGACCUUGAGAGAGUGGCAGAACCUCCCUUGUGUCUCGCCAGGUCCAGGCAGGGCUCUCCAGGAGGUGGUGACACGCCCCGAGGCCUCUCAUUUGGUUCCAGCCCCAAGGAUCCCGGGCACUUCCUGAUUCAGACGUAUUCAGACAGGCACACAGGAGCUCAGUGCCCCAAAGACGAAACCGAGGCGCAGCCUGCGGGUGCCCGAGCUCCGUCCUCCUCCACACCCCUUCCUGCUGGCCUCUCCGUUCACCCCUCACUCAUUCCUUCGUUUGUUCGUUCCUUCUCCUGACCCCCGACUCAGCCGACCCAAUCCGUGGGUGAUCGGGGCGUGCGGCCGGACGCGGACGCUCUGGGGUGACACCGGACUAGCCGUCCCUGAGCCUCAGCCUCCCGGCGGGGGGGCGGGGGAAAUGCUGGGCACCGACGACCCCCCUCCCCCAGCUCGGAGACCCGCGGCCCCUCCUGCCGCGGGUCUCGUACCGACACUGUUCCCCUGCCAUCCCCGCGCGCUCCCCACGCCCCUCCUCCCCGCGCGCCUCGGGCGGGGCGGAGGCAGAGUCCGCCCCCUCCCCUCGGAGGCUCCGCCCCUCCCUCCGCUCCCCUGCCCUGCCCGCCCCUCCCGGGUUGGGCCAGGCUCCCCGGCCAUGUGACCCCGCGGCCCGUCUGGGACGCGACGGGACGCGCUGGGACGGGCGCCGGGGGUCGCGGGCAGCAUGGAGCGGAGGUGGGUCUUCGUGCUGCUCGACGUGCUGUGCGUGCUGGUCGCCUCUCUGCCUUCCGCCAUCCUGACGCUCGUGAACGCCCCGUACAAGCGAGGAUUCUACUGUGGAGAUGACUCCAUCCGGUACCCCUACCGUCCAGACACCAUCACCCACGGGCUCAUGGCCGGGGUCAUCAUCACCACCACCGUCAUACUUGUGUCGGCCGGGGAGGCCUACCUGGUGUACACAGACCGCCUCUACUCCCGCUCCGACUUCAACAACUACCUGGCCGCCCUCUACAAGGUGUUGGGGGCGUUCCUGUUCGGGGCUGCAGUGAGCCAGUCGCUGACAGACCUGGCCAAGUACAUGACUGGCCGGCUGCGGCCCAACUUCCUGGCUGUGUGUGACCCUGACUGGAGCCGUGUCAACUGCUCCGUGUAUGUGCAGGUGGAGGUGUGCAGGGGAAGGCCUGCUGACGUCACCGAGUCCAGAUUAUCCUUCUACUCUGGACACUCCUCCUUUGGAAUGUACUGCAUGAUGUUCUUGGCGCUCUACGUGCAGGCCCGGCUGUGCUGGAAGUGGGCACGGCUGCUGCGGCCCACCGUGCAGUUUUUCCUGGUGGCCUUUGCCCUUUACGUGGGCUACACCCGUGUGUCUGACUACAAACACCACUGGAGUGAUGUUCUCGUUGGCCUCCUGCAGGGGGCGCUGGUGGCCGGCCUCACUGUCCGCUACGUCUCCGACUUCUUCAAAGCCCGGCCCCCGCGGCACUGCCUGGAGGAUGAAGAGGUAGAGCGGACACCCACAUCACUGACACUGGCCCUGGGCGAGGCUGGCUGCAGCCUCUGCGGGUCCCCUCCUGCUGGGGCUCGGGCUGUGGGCAGCGAGCGUGUCCAUGGUCCUGGCAGGUCCCUAAGCCAGGAUGGCUGGAUCCUGGCGUGGGUUCCGCUAACCCCACCUCCAUGCACUGGGCUAGGGGGUACCUGGGGCAGCCCUAGCGUGUGGAGGGGGACUCUUCCUCAGAACCCCUGUCUUUUGUUGGCUUAGGGAAGGGACUGAGAGAUCCCAGUGGAUGCCGGUUUUGUAAAAUGUGACCUCUAUUUGGAUUUUUAGUAAAAUAGGGCGUUUGCUUGACA